AAAAGAGUAUAAACACAUUAUAGCAGCAGCAUUAGAUUCAAUGUGUCAUAAACACUUUCUGUGCAUAUAUGUCUUUGUUUAUUUACUUACUUACGUCACGGUCAUUGACUGAGACCCGAACUUUUCUUUCUAAUUUGCGUUGCCAUGGAGAACGUUGCUAUGUGACGCUUGUUGAUAACCAGGAAGACGCUGCUGCUGCCCUGGUGGUAGCAAAGAAAAGAGACAUGGAGGAACACUUUCAGCUGGGAGAUGUUGGAGCGGUAAAAAAUGUUGCAAAGUCUGGACGGAGAGCUCGCCUUACAGCAGACCAGUCAUCGUUUGAAGAUUCUCGUUAUGUGAGAAAGUCCUCAACAGCUGCUUCAAUGGGAGAUGGUCCUCCUCCUAAACCGGCCCGGCGGCAGGGUGGCUGGGCAGAAGAAAGCUCCGGGUCUGGUUCUGCCAAAUCUUCAAGAAGACCUGCAGCUGAAGACCUGGAAGACCGCCGCCUGCGACCACAAACUCCCCAGGGAUCAGAUGAUGAAGGAGAUAUUCCAGUGAUUCCAGACCUUGAAGAAGUCCAGGAAGAAGAUCUCACAAUGCAAGUUGCAGCUCCACCAAGCAUGCAGGUGAACCGGGUAAUGACCUACAGAGAUCUGGACAAUGAUCUGAAGCAUUACUCUGCAUUCCAAACCUUAGAUGGAGAGAUUGACUUGAAGCUCCUCACCAAGGUUUUAGCGCCAGAGCAGGAGGUGAAAGAGGAUGAUGUGAGCUGGGACUGGGAUCAUCUGUUUACAGAGGUGUCCUCAGAGCUGCUGAUGGAAUGGGAUCAAGGAGAGAGUGAGGAGCAGCCUGCGAUGCCUGUAACAUGAGGAGGAGGUUUGGAUUGGGACUCUAAAUGGCUCCAGUGGGAACUGGGUGAAUGUCCAUUACACAGAAGGGCCAGUGACUUUGGUUCUAGUAACUUUAAUUACUGUUUGUUAUCCAGAAUUUAUAUUUUGUAAAGUGUACAUAUACUGUUUUUUUUUCUAAAUAAAGUUCACUGUGCAGUGAACAGUGCAGUGUUUUCUUACCCUG